AUGCUGGCUUUCUCUGGCAUCGAAAACAAUCCACUCGCCAACGUCGAUACAGAGAGAGCUGCACAUCCUAGCAUGGCUGCUGGGAUUACUGAGGAAGAAGGGUCGCUGGUGCUUCCAGAUGGAAUCUCUCUGUAUACGAAAAGCUGGAAGCCCGCGGGAGAACCGCGCGCCAUCAUUGCCUUCUACCAUGGAUUCAGCGACCAUUGCAAUGCGUUCUUUGAAUUUUUCCCUAGCCUUGCCUCCUUGGGGUUUGAGGUGCGCUCUCUCGACCAGCGAGGAUGGGGUCGAUCCGUCACCUCCAACCGCAAACUCCGCGGUGAUUUUGGAUCAACACCUACAGUCAUGGCCGAUCUUCAUUUCUUCCUCCGGUCUCUCGUCCCUUACACCAAAGAGAGCUCCAUCCCCUUGUUCCUCAUGGGCCACAGCAUGGGCGGAGAGAACUCAUUGUACUACGUGCUAAACCCGGAAUCACCAUAUUACAAGACACCAACAACCAAAACCUCGUCUCCAACAAGUCAAUUCAAACUAGCAGGUGUCAUUGCAGCCGCGCCCUAUAUCAGCUUGCAUCCGGCGACACAGCCAUCCAGGCUUUUGGAAAUUUCAGGCCGGAUUGCGCUAAGGAUUUUGCCAAAGAUGACCCUGAAGCAAGGAGUGGAUGUAAAAAAUGUGUCGCGGAAUCCGGCUGUGCUUGAGAACGUUGAGAGAGAUAAUGGAUACUUGUUCCAUAAGACUGGGACCCUGGAAGGGUUUGCUGGCAUGCUGGAUCGAGCGGCUUGGUUGAAUGGGUUGCACACUAAGAAACAGAAGGAUGUUGUUAGUGAUGGCAUUGCUGGGAACGUUCCGCCUUUAUGGGUCGGCCAUGGCACGGGGGAUCGCGCGACUUGGUUCGAGGCGUCGAAGCGGCUAGUAGAGUCCUUGGAUUAUGUUGAUGAUAAAACCUUCAAGUCGUAUGAGGGUGCGUAUCAUAAGCUGAUGAAUGAGCCCGAUGGUGUUGGGGAAGAGAUGACGAGGGAUGUAGCAGAGUGGAUUGAGGCGCACAUUUCCCAGGCUGAUGGCGCUUGA